AUGCCACCCUCUCAUCAACGACAUCGUCGAUCCCCUUUCAAACGCACUUCAUUCCGUCGUACCUCGUCGGGUUCGAGUUCUCUGAGGUCGUUUUCGGAGGUCCAGUCUCGUUCUGAUACUCACGUUCAGGCUUCGUUCGCAAACCCCGAGAUAUCGGGAUGGGAGAAAGAUGAUGUGGUGAUUCGAAAUGGGGAGACGGAUACAUGUUCUGUUAGUUUUCGGCCUGCGGUUACGGUGACGCUUUGUCGAGAUGAGGUGGCGGUGGUGAGGAAGGUGGAUGGAGGGAUUUCUCAGUCGCGAAAUCGAUCUCAUGUACUUCGGUGUGAAAAUGAAGGAGGGGUGGAGGGGAGAGAUAUAAGUUUAUCUGCAAGUAGUAUGUAUUCUAUCAAUACGCUUGGAUAUGCCACUGCGGAACCUGGUAAAGAUGUAGAUAAUGGUUCGUACAUGUCUUGUUCAUCUAUCCCAACGGUUCCGGAACUUUCGCUUGAGAUGUCCACAUCGACUCCGACUUUGAGAUCUGAGGUUUCUGCUUUGGGUUUGAAUGCUGUGGGGAAAAGCGGUGGGGGAGUGGGGAUAUCGAUGGUGUAUUCACGAAUGGAGAGGUGGAAAAGUUUUGGGAAGGCGAGGGGAUUUCUGGGGGGUCGGAGGGUGGGGGAUGAGGGUGGAGAGGGAGAGGAAGGGCAAGGGGAAAGGGGAGGGGGAAAUGAAUCAAGAAAUGAGAAUGAGAAUGGGAAUGGGAAAGAAAAACGCGAGAAGAAAAUAAGACCUUUUCUAAGGAAAUACUGUCUUCAUCCUUUUAGUAUGAGGAGUAGUUUUCGCUUGGUAGGGUGGAUUGAGGAUCCGAUUGGUAGUUGUGUGGGUCACGACACAGCCUACGGAACGGGUUAUGCGACGGGAUAUGGAGAGGUAAGAACGGGGUAUGCAUAUGGAGGGGGAAUAGGAGAUGCGAGGUUAUGGGAUGAAGCGAGACGGAGUGGAUGGGAGGGGGGAUUGUAUUGAGGAAAGAAGAAAAGAAAUGAACAGGCUCGUAAUGAUAGUGCGGAAAAUGAUGAGCGGAAGGAUAGGAGUGGCUCUAUGUAUCUGUCUAUUGCUGGACUAGGUUCAUAAGUGGUCUGCUUGUAUAUGUUUGUUCAUCUGGAUUUUGUUGGUGAAUGACUGAUACAUCUUUUUUCUUCUUGAUUCUUGAUUAUUUCUCUUCGUCAACUGUUUUGGUAUCUCUCCUCCUGAUUGCGUUUAUUGCUUACGAUAUACCUUUCAUGACUUCCCCUCUACUUCCCCUGCUUCUCCUCCUCAUGUAGUCCCAUUUCCAACCUCU